AUGAACUCGAUCAGCUACCUCGACUCGGUGCUCAGUCGCUCGUUUGCGGCCGCUCCCGAGCGACCCUCGUCGCGCGCCUCAUCCUCCGCAAAACGAUCACGCUCCCACUCCUCCCUCCCCGGCAGCCGCAGAGCUUCGAGCGCAUCGCCCCCAACACCCUCCGGCUCCUCCACCCUCCGCAGAUGGUCGCAGGAGCAGGACGAUCCUCCCCGCUCCAUAUACGGCAAUGCACUCCGGCGCACGGGCAGCACCCCCGCUGGCAUCAACUCCUCGCACGCGCUCACCGACGACAGCGACGACGACUCGCUCAACCCGCGCCCAGCGAGAUGGAGCGGUCUCUGGGGCCUUACGGGCUGGCUCGACGAGGCCAUCCAUCCCGGCUCUCGUGCUCGCUCUCGCAAGAACAGCGACUCGCAGCUGUCUCUCCGCCGCACGAAGCGCGUACCCAGUCUCGAUGACCUCCUGCUCUCCUCCACCGCACCCCGCCCCGGCCAAGCCAGGCGAACGGCGUCUUCGGGCUCAGGCCAACCUCACCACGGCCGCACAGACGGUUCCUCCAGCAGCUCCGACGAGGCUCGCUCGCAUUCCAGGCGCAAGUCCAAGCGUCAAUCUCGCUUCGGUCACGCAGCCUCGCUCACCCUCACUUCCGCCGACCAGGACGCACCACGCGAGCCGUGGCCGAGGUCCCAACAACCACCCCACGCGCAUGACGACCCGGACCUCUUGACCGAAAAGGAGCGCGAGGACAUCGUCGAGUUCGACGGCGGCGACUUUUCACCCGAAGAUCUCGAAUUGGCGCGUCAAAGGACAAUCUCGCAAAGCAGCGCAGAUAGCAGCUGGGACCACACCUCUUCGGUCACCCACGAGCCGCAUCCGUCGCCCGCAUCCGUGGCCACCUCGAUCUCUGCAUCCGAAACGGCGCAGCAUACUCACCAGCACCAGGACGAGCAGGACGAGAAGAGCGUCGACAAAGAGACGCUGCUCGAUGCAGCAAAGGGCGAGCCGGCUGCGAUCCAGGCUGUUGCGGACGAAGAUCCAACCUCGACCGUGGUCGACCCCGACGCUGCCUCGGCCACGCCCAAGAAGGAGACUGCUGCUGCGGGUCGAGAGGAUCGGGAGUCGGAGCACACGCCGACGAACAAUCGAAGCACGCUGAGCCCCUUGGAUAUCCCUGGCGCUGAUCCCGGCACCGUCUCGGCAUCGAGGCGCAGCUCGCUGCGGCGCAAUCCGUCCAUCAAGUCGGCACUCGACUGUGCAGCCUCGACGUCCACCUCUUCACUCGCAACCACCGACUCCGAGGAGCUUGUCGACCGCAGCCUCACCCCGACCAAGCCCAGAAGGCGUCGCUCCAAGCGCGGCUCCAGGUCCGGCUCAACCCGAGCGUCAGAGUCCGAAGAGCCACGAGGCUGGUUGGCUCCCCUGCACGGCAGUGCGGGUCACGACGGGGAUGAUGCAGCUUCGUUCAAGGGUCACGCGAAACGCUCCCGGCGCGGCGGCUCGGCGAAGCGCGCUAUGCGUCGGGCGCUGCUUGCGCUGCGCGACCUGCUGCUUGCCGUCUUCCUGUGCCCCGUCAACUGCGUGCGUUACCUGCGCCGCCGCCGAGCCGUGCGGUCCGAGCAGGCGGUGCAGGCGAUCUACGAGCGUGCACACGUGCCGAUCCUCGAGAAGAACUCGGGGGUCUACGAGGAGACGAGCCGACGUGGCGCGCGGCCGGGGUCGCUGCGGUUUGCAGCCAAGGUGGACAGCAAGCGGGACGGUGAGAAGCGCGAUGCCAAGGCGGUGAGGCCGCGUACGCCCAAGCCGGAGAGCGACGGUGCGGGGUUUUUGGAGAAGGAGCCGGUGACGGAGGAUCAGGCGAUGGAGAUGGGGAGCGGGUGGCAGGCGCUCGAGUCGGGCCCGCGGACGCCGUCGAGGUUGCUGCCGAAUCCGCAGGCGGUGGAUCCGAUGCUGGCGCACAACAGCAAGGCGGCGCUGAUCGACGCGGCCAUGGCGGAGAAGGAGGCGCGGAUGGAGGCGGAGCGGCAGUCGAGGAUCGCGCGCGGCAGGGCGGCGAGGCGAGCCGCUGCGGCUGGUGCGGUGAAUGGAGGCGAGGCGCAGACGACGGCGGUGAUGAUGCCGUCCAAGGUGCCGCGUGGGCCGACGAGCUCGAUCAUCCACCACUCGCCCAAGAUCCUGGUGUUGGAUCUGGACGAGACGCUGAUCCAUUCGACGUCGCGCUCGCCGUCGCACUAUGCGGCUGCGGGCGGUCGCACCACCACCUCGGGCUUCCUGGGGCUCGAAACGGCCGGGGCGGUGGUUCUGGACGGGCGGUCGGUGCUGUACCAUGUGUACAAGCGACCCUGGGCCGACUAUUUCCUGCGCAAGGUCGCCUCGUGGUACACCGUGGUGGUGUUUACGGCAAGUGUGCAGGAGUAUGCCGAUCCGGUGAUUGACUGGCUCGACCAGGGACGCGGGCUGAUUUCAGCCAGGCUCUUCCGCGAGAGCUGCAGCUUCAAGGGUGGGAGCUAUGUCAAGAAUCUCAAGGUGGUCGAUGAGGAUCUCAGCAAGGUAUGUCUGGUCGACAACAGCCCGGCGAGCUAUGCGAUCAAUCGGGCCAACGGCAUUCCCAUCGAGGGCUGGACACACGAUCCCAACGACGAGGCUCUGCUCGAUCUGCUCCCCAUCCUCGACUCGCUUAGAUUCGCCACGGAUGUACGACACAUCCUUGGCAUCCGAGGCUGGUAG